CCUCUUUUGCAACUUUCCCAAGUUUGUGCAUAAAGAGAGAGGAGGAAAACUCAGAAGGAAGUGACUUGGCCUCAACAAGUUUGCUCCCAAAGCCUUUUUCCUCUGAUCUAGCUGAGACUGCUGUUCUAAGAGGAGCCCCCCAGACUCAGAGAAAACCCCCCACCUGCCAUCGGAGGCUGAAAAGGCUCUGGAAGCUUUUCCUGGCUCUUGUCUGUUCCAGCAACACCAGAGAUUCUGAAGCCCCUCCAUGAAUCCUCGGAAGAAGGUGGACCUCAAGCUCAUCAUCAUUGGAGCCCUGGGUGUUGGAAAGACCUCCCUCCUCCACCGAUAUGUGCAUAAGACGUUUUAUGAAGACUAUCAGACCACACUGGGGGCCAGCAUCCUCUCCAAGAUUAUCAUACUGGAUGACACAACCUUGAAGCUACAGAUCUGGGACACAGGCGGCCAGGAGCGAUUCCGCUCCAUGGUGUCUACAUUCUACAAAGGCUCUGAUGGCUGUGUCCUGGCUUUUGAUGUCACUGACCUGGAGUCCUUCGAAGCCCUGGAAACCUGGAGGGGUGAUGUUCUGGCCAAAACCAUUCCAAUGGAGCAGUCCUACCCCAUGGUGGUGCUCGGUAACAAGAUUGAUCUGGCAGACCGGCAGGUUCCGCAAGAGGUAGCCCAAGGCUGGUGUAAAGAGAAGGAUAUUCCCUAUUUUGAAGUCAGUGCCAAGAAUGACAUCAACGUGGUACAAGCCUUCGAGAUGCUGGCCAGUCGGGCUCUGUCAAGGUAUCGAAGCAUCUUAGAGAGUUACCUCACAGACUCCAUCAAGCUCUCACCGGAAGACCAGCCCAAGAGCAGAUGCUGCUGACCGUCCGGACCCCGGCUCUGCGCGCCCACGGACGGAGCUCAGCCCCGCCGGCCGCCCGCGCUCAGACGGCAGCCAGGCUCCUAGGCCGGCAGCGGCCCUCGCCUCCGCGCGGGCUCCAGACCAGCCCCGCCUCGGGCUGAGUGCAGUAGUCAGGGCGGAACCCGGGACGUCCCAGAGGAGUCACGGCCCCUCGCUUUCCUGCCCUGCGCCCUCCCCGGACACCUCCUGCUCUGGAAGGCGCAUCCCUGCACGCAGGCGGCUGCGUCCGGAGGCAACGGACCCGGCUUCCUCAGCGCGCCCACCGCACCCCACCCCCUUAGAGCCGCCGCGCAGCUGUGGACAAGGGUCCCUGCAACCAGGGCCGGGGAGGCGGUCCCCCUCACCCCCUGGCAGCAGCUGUUCAGGCCUGGGACACCGUCUGUCUGUCCCCCCAGAGCGCAGGGCAGAGGGAAGGCAGGAAGACCCCCGGGACCGCGCAUGUCUCCUUGCUGGCGCUCAGGCUGCUGCCUCAGCUGGUUGUCUGCCACACCAGGGUGGCACGUGCCCUGCCCACAUCCCGUGGCUCCUCAAGACCAGAAGCUCGGCUUCAAUCCCAGGCGCUCUUGUGGAGACACGCUGGCCAUUCCUUCAACAAGUCCUUUUGUGUAUCUACUAUGUGUGAUGGCUUGAGGUCCAGGGACGCGUGUAACCCUUGCUCUCCUGGGUCCGACGUUCUGGAGAGGGAGGGAGGCAGUAAACCCAGAAUUUAACCAGAUGUUUUCAAUUAGCAGGUAAGCUCUUGAACCAAGCAAGGUAAUGGGAGAGAGAAGGACGGAGGGUGGGGUUAGGUGCUGUUUCAGAUGUUUCAGACAAAGUAGCCCAGGAGGGCUUCCCUGGGGAAGUGACAUUGGCCCAAAGGCUGGAGAAUGAGAAAAGGGCUGCUGAACUGGAAAAAGAGCGUUCUGAGGACAAGUAGAAGCAAGGACCAAGGCUCCAGAUCAAGGACAAGCUUGUUUUAUUCCAGGGACAGUGAAAAGACACUGAUUAACCUGAGAACUCAAAGCUGCUAUUCCAGGGACAAGGUGGACCCCCCCCCAACCCCCGGAAGACGCCUUGCCUGCCGGCCACCAGAGGGCAGCAGCGCGCCUCCCAGCAGAGCAGGAAAGGGCGGCUCCAUGGACGCUGGAAGGGCCGCCGUUUUCCUCUGCUGAGAUGCUCAGAGCUCAUGCUUUGGCUCCGGGCAUUUUCAGUCCUUCGAGAUUCGUCAGGCAGAAAGAUCCCAAUUUCUUAAGCCUACUGAGAGAUGGGCAAAAACUGCAGCAGCAAUGAUUCAGGCAAGAAAUCAGCAUCGGUGAUAAAUACUGGAAAGCCGGGGAGUCUGUUCCUCCAGACGCUACAACCAGAAUCUUCUGUUUCUCCUGGUGACGGGCAGCGUUUACAGAGCCCAACCUGAAGGGAGUAGGCGAGAUGACCGACCACCCCCACCCCCCCAGGGUUUCCACGGCCACAUCCGUGCCCACCACAGAAGUCUCCUGUCUACACAGAGGUACCCUUCCCUGAAUGUUAGCGUAGGACUUCCAAGUGUCACCUGACACUGAAGAUUCGCCCAGAGGCAGAGGAAAGGGGAGGUGAGGGGUCAGUAAGAGUUUGGGGAACCCCUUCUGCCCACCCUGCUGUCAAGUGAGCGCUGCUUGUCCUGGGCCGCAGGAGCAGGCAGCCCAGCGCACAGCUCUGCGUCCUUCGUGGGGGCGGCACGCUGCGAGCCAUGCGGGCUCUCCUGGGAGGCAGUGGAACUGUGGACUGGAUGCCACAGCUCGUGCACUUCAGUGGGCGUGGGGACCAUUCUAAAAGUGCGCGACAGAUAAUAAAUAUUGUCUUUCUUAGUUUUAA